AUGGCACCGGGUGCUGCAGAUCCCGAGCCGCAAUGGCCGCCUCGAUCUCCUCACGAAGCCCUAUUAAGCACACCUGGUGGACGUCAACGAUAUCGCGAGAUGAUGAACCGAACGUCACCGUCACCUUCGCCCAUGAGAAGUGCUCGAGCAUUGGCGGCUAUUACUUCAUCACCCGGCGCUGGUCUGGGUAUUCAAUCAUCCGGAGGGGACGACGAAGACGACGACGAAGACGAGGAGACAUUGCAGCUGAAGCUUCAAGAGAUACAAGCAAAGUUGAAACUGAAAAGACUUCAAAAUGCAAGGGCUAGGGAAAAAGCCGCCUCGCACAGAGACGGUGAAGCAGACGCUCAGUCAGACCCCGUUUUGCCCAGCCCAAAUCGUCGUGCUCGCGCGCGCACACCAGGCGCGGAUGAGAAUGUACGACCGGCUUCCCAAAACCAGGUCACAGUGCCUGCAUCACCUGUUCGAAAACUCCAAUUCCUGCAACAACAAACGUCGCCAAGUAGGGUAUUCUUGGGCAUUGAUAAGGGCUUGAAAGCCAAAGAUGUCUCUCUCAAGCGCGCCCCGAGCCAGAAAGGAAACAAGCCGGGCACAUCGUCUCAGACUGGAGGAUACUUGAAUCGAUCCAGAUCAGUGCACUCUUCUGCUCUAUCACCAGAGACUGCGAGACCAUUGAGCUUCAAUGAGAGACUGGCCUCAGCACGGACGGAGGAGGCUGCUAGAGCGGAAAGGAUUGAUAGAAUACAAAGAGCGCGCACCAAUGCAUUUAGCAUUGGACAGGAUGAGAUGGAACAGUUCAAGAAGAGCGCAGUCGAGAUUCCAGACGAACCGUUGCCUCCGCCGACAUUUACUCGUGAAGAUAUCUUGUCACAACAUGCCCCGGCAGCUUCAAAGUUACCUCGAAGCAAGACUGCGCCAAGUCUUCACCAACCACGGCCAGAUUCUCAUAAUUCAAAUUUAUCAUCUUCAACUUUGGGGCCAAGCGCUACUGAUGAGUCGUCAGGGACAGACGAAGCGUCCUUUGAGGUCUAUUCCUGUUUCCAUCUCUCAAAACGGAUACUACCACACACUGUCGUUACCCGACAUGUUUCCAAGAAGAAAAUACUCAACAUCAAGGACCUUUUAAGAGAUGUAAAAUCACCCGAUUACGCUUUACCGGAUGUGGAACAAGAUAUUGUGGUAUUUGCUGUUGUGGCCCGCAAAUCGGAGCCACGAGCGCAUAAGCCCACUGCAAAUCAAAAACAAGAAGAUCGAGGCAAAUACCUCGUCAUGACACUGACAGAUUUAGAUUUUGAGCUGGAUCUCUUUCUAUUCAAUUCUGGGUUUACACGGUUCUGGAAACUAACCGAAGGUACUGUCGUUGCCAUCCUUAACCCGAACAUUAUGCCUCCGCCGCCAGGGCGGCAAGACACUGGUCGUUUCAGUCUGGUCAUCAACUCGGACGAAGACACGAUAUUAGAGAUUGGCUCUGCUCGUGACUUGGGUUUCUGUCAGUCCGUGAAAAAGGACGGCGAUCUCUGCGGCGCAUGGGUGAAUAAGAAGAAGACACAUUUUUGUGAAUUUCACUCCAACGAAGCCAUUCGAAAGCAACGAUCGUCGCGAGUAGAGGUCAACUCCAGUGGUUUUGGGGGGUGGGAGAAGCGGAGCAAAUUUGGCUUUGGACAGAAGAAGGACGAGAAGAAAAAAGGUUCAAGCAACUACGACUGGGAGACCAGGACGCAGUGGUUUGCCGCGCGAUCUCUUAGUGCAGCAGAUCUGAUUGAUGGCAAAGACCGCGGUGCAGCCGACCGGAAAGAGAAAGCCGAGUCGGUCAAAAGGAGCCUGGAAGCAAAGGAAAAGGAGCGCGAGAUGAUGAAGAAGUUGGGCAAAAUAGGCAACGCCGCAGGACGAGAAUACAUGGAGCGAGCCGGGCUCAAAGGAACCGCUGGCCAGAGCCCUGCGACGACAAACCAGACCAACGGAUCCGUUCCAGAGCAGGAGGCUCAGUCUACGAAACGUGAUGCCCUAUCCUUGGGCCUAACCAGCAAAGACCGGACGAUUCAUCUCAGCCCCAUCAAGCGCAAACGACCGGAUAGCUCGCAAGCGAGUUCUGUCGUGGGCAGCACAAACUCAUCCUCAACAGCCGCCGCAUUCGGCUGGGGCUCCAACCUCCGAAACAAAUUGUCAAAAAUGAAGGAAGGCGAGAAACUUCACAAAGGGGGGGAUCCUCCGCCAGUGCGUAAAAAGACACGUUUUGUUACGGAGAAGGGCAUCCGAGAAGCGGGCAGGGAGAGUUUGGGUAUGGAUUUCUCAGAGAGACAGAUUUCUCUCGAUGAUGAUGACGAUGAAUUGAUUAUUGUAUAA